AUGACUGAUCGAGCAUCUUUAGAAGCACGUUUAAAUUAUCUGCGACAGCAGAGAAAAGCGUGGGAAAAAAGGGAAAAGAUCAAUUCAGAAAAUUUUUAUUUAACUCCUAAUCAUCAAUCUUUAAAUGGAUCAUUUAAAACACCUCAAAAUUUAGUUCGUGCUUCUCUUUUUGUAGAAUACGCCCAGGCAUUGCUUGACAUAGAAAAGCAAGGCCAUCCUCUUCAAGCUUGGACUAAAUUUCUACGGAGCAUUACUCCUUCGUCUUUUCUGAGCUCCCCUAAUUCUAAUAAAUUAUUAAAAAUUUAUGAAAAAGCCACAAGAUCAAUAGUGCAAUGCAAGGAAAAUAAUAAUAAUCUCGACUUUCUUCGAAUUUGGGUUACUUAUGCGCAUUUGCAAAAAAAGUUAAGCCUUGAGGAUGCCAGAGAUACUUUUAAGUACAUGAUGUCUGAAAGAAUCGGUCACCAUGUUGCUUUUUUUUACCUUGCUUGGGCCGAUUUUGAGCUGAAAACAGGAAAUACUGAUAAGGCCAAGCAGAUAUUACAAAAAGCGCUUCAAAAAGGCAUCGAACCCCAACAUUCCAUUAAAGCUGCUUUGCAAUUAGUGGUGCAAGGCGCUAUUUCUUUGCUGACAGACACAGAAAUUUCCGUGAAUUGCAGUAAUGAAGACACGCCGAUGCAGGAAAUGCUAAAAGUAGAGAAAAGUAUUAAUAUUUAUCCCACGCCUGAGAGUGAUCAUAAAGUUUUUCAUCCAAAAACUUUCGAGAAAAACAUUGAAAUUCAAAAACAAGAAGCUUGCUUUUCUAAACUUUCCAUUAGCGAAGAGAAUAAUAAUAAUAAUAAAGUUUUUACUGUUAAUAAUAGCGAACAUCAAUAA